AUGUCCUAUGUGAUACGGCCCUAUGCAAUACGGUCCUAUGCAAUACAGUCAUAUGCAAUACAGUCCUAUGCGAUACGGCCCUAUGCAAUACAGUCCUAUGCGAUACGGUCCUAUGCAAUACAGUUCUAUGCAAUACGGUCCUGUGCAAUACAGUCCUAUGCGAUAAUGUCCUAUGCAAUACGGUCCUAUGCAAUACAGUUCUAUGCAAUACAGUCCUAUGCAAUACAGUCCUAUGCAAUACGGUCCUAUGCAAUACAGUCUUAUGCGAUAAUGUCCUAUGCGAUACGGUCCUAUGCAAUACGGUCCUAUGCAAUACAGUUCUAUGCAAUACAGUCCUAUGCAAUACGGUCCUAUGCAAUACAGUCUUAUGCGAUAAUGUCCUAUGCGAUACGGUCCUAUGCAAUACGGUCCUAUGCAAUACAGUUCUAUGCAAUACAGUCCUAUGCGAUACGGUCCUAUGCAAUACAGUCCUAUGCGAUACGGUCCUAUGCAAUAAUGUUCUAUGCAAUACAGUUCUAG